AAGCAAACUUGCUGUGGUUCAUCUCUGCGAUAUCAUUAUCUAUUAUUAACAGUUGGUUAUCGCAGCAAUAUGCUUAGAUUGGAUUGACGUGUGAGAUUGAUAUGAACAGAACGAUUCCUGGUCAUUGAUAAAUUUUCCAUUAGAGUCAACUUUUGCAGUUUUUUUUUUUUUAAAUUCAGAUGAGAGGGGGAUUUUAUAAAAUCUAAGUACAUAAAAUCAAUUUAGUUUCUCUUCCUUGUUGAACAAUAAAACAUGCUAAACUCAAACCAAAGGGUGAAUUGGUUUGAAAACAAAAUUGAUUUUUUUCAAGGUUUCAAAAACAUGUUUUUUGAAUUUUUUUGACAUAAUUGGAGUGGGAUGCAAUGUUAAUUACCAAAUCAAUCUCAAAAAGGAAAAAAAAAAGACACUCAAGAUUUUUAUGCUAGUGUGAUUCUACACAAAUCUAUAUCCUGAGCUAGAUUUCUACUAAAGAAUAACAAGACAGGUACACCUUAAUACCAUAUGUAUAGACACACGAAAACUUGAAAAAAACAUUUCAAAAACUACAAAGAAAUGGUGAUGUUACACACAGUCACCUCAAAUCUCACCACAUAGGUGAAUUACAGUAGAAUCAACAAAUUUACAAGCAAAAGAAUCAGAAAUAUUUCACCUGAAAUUUGAUUUUACAAUAAAAAACCCUAUAGCCAAUGAAUAAACCCCUUAAUUUUUUAUCUUCUUGCAAAACUUGAUUUCAGCAUUAUGAGUACUCUCAAAUCCUCUCACUCUCUCGUUCUUCCAAUCUUAAAAUAUCAAAAAGUUGAUUUCAAAUGAAAUAAGAGAGAUUCAAGAUUUAAAGAAAUUUGAUGAUUAUCUUAAAAGUCUAAUCAAUUAAACUGUUAUUUGCAAAGCCCAUAAACUGAAUGAAACUUAUAUUAAUCGAUUAAUAUUAGUUCUUAAUAAGUUAAACGCGAGAGCCAAUGUUGUUUACAUAUCAGAUAUUAAUUGAUUAUGUUAAGUACCUAAUCCAUGUGAAAGUCAUACUUUUACCAGUUAUUGAAUUAAUCGAUUAUAUUAGGACUUAAUGGAUUAAAUGUGAAGUGAAUCGAUUAAUUUUUAACUUAAUCUGUUAAACUGACAGUUUUUACAGUUAUGUUUUGAAUUUCAUUAAAAAGUGCGUCUAGAUUAAGACUAAUUGAUUAUUAUAUUGAUUAAGAUGUUUAAAGGUUCUUGGCUUUACAGAUAUGCUAAGACUACAAGACACACACAAAACCUAAUGUUAGUCUAUAUAAGACACACACUUCUACUAAAACCUGCACAUCAUCAAAAACUGGAGCAAUUCCCUUCUUUAAGGCAUGGUAAUACUGUUUCCUUUUCCUAUUUUUCCUGCAAGUGUUUCCCUAAAAAUUUAUAAACUUGUGCCCUUGAUUAUUUGCACUUUUUAAAAUGCCCCCUUUUUUGUGAAAAUUCUCCUGUCUUGACUUCAACACUUUGUAUGUGUUGACAAUGAGGGAAAAUUAAGGUGUACAGUAGCACACUAAUGGUGCCACAGUGCAAUCUUUAACUUGUUAGCUGCUACUGCAUUUUUUGAGUGAAUGCCAAUAAUGUUAUGUUACCAUUGUUUGACAAGGUCCACAUUUGUCUGUCUCAAUUUGAGGGUUCACAUUUCUCUGACUCAAAUUUGACAUGAAUUGAUGUAGAUUUUGGAAAAUUUAUAUCACAAGCUUGGAAACUGCUUUUAUGUUCUUGACAUGCAACUGGAAUCAGUGUCUGUUCCCUGUUGAUGUAGUGUUCAUUCAAAUCAAAGGGUAAUUGGGUGUUUGUUUAAUAAUGCUUUGUCACUUGAGGUCUAUAGUUUUUAAAUAUUGAUAAAUAAGGCUGAAGAAGAUGAUAAAGAAGGAGAAUUCCCGGGUGUUUAUGGAUGUGUCCAUUGAUGGGGAUCCUGUUAAAAGGAUGGUUUUCAAGCUUUUAUACAAUGUUGCUCCCAUGACUGCAGAAAACUUUCGUGCAUUAUGUACAGGAGAAAAAGGUAUCAGUCAAAAUACUGGAAAACCACUUCACUACAAGGGUUCUUUCUUCCAUCAGAUAAUAAAAGGUUCUAUUGUGAAGGGACAGGUGGAGAAAGUAUAUAUGGUUCAGAGUUCCCGGAUGAGUCACCUGUGCUGAAGCAUGAUGCUCCAGGCCUUCUAUCAAUGGCAAUUGCAAACCGUGACACUCUUGGUUCUCAUUUUAUUAUCACCUUGAAAGCCGAUCAUCAUCUUGAUGGGAAUCAUGUAGUCUUUGGGAAGCUUGUACAUGGGCGUGAUGUAUUAAGGAAAAUUGGAGAAAUGGGUGAUGAAGAAGGGCAUCCAACUGUAAUUAUUAAAAUCAUUACAUGUGGCGAAUAUAGUAAGGAUAGAAAGAGGGUAUAUAAAUCAAAAAUGGGAGAAACCAAUAAUUACGAAACUCGGAAGAAGGGAAAACAUAAGAAAUCUUCAAAAGACCGAAGGAAAAGGAAAAGAUACUACUCAUCUGAAUUUGGGAGCUCUUCAGAUUGUGACACAGAAUCUUUACGAUCAGAGGAACUUUGGCAAAUGGUUUCAGCAAUGUUUGAAGACCAACGGGAAGAGUCAUCCGAAGCUUAUAAUCAAGUAAGACUGGCGAUAGGAAAAAAUAAGAAAUCUUCAAAAGAGAGAAGGAAAUGGAGAAAAUACUACUCAUCUGAAUCUUCAGAAGCCGAGAUAAAUAAAUCAAAAAUGGGAAAUAAUGGAUUUUCUGAGGAGAUAAAUAAACCAGAAAUGGAAACGGAUGGGUUUUCUGCGGCACAUCAUGGGACAUUGGAUAAGGGAAAACGUUUAAAAUACGCAGAAGAGGACCGGGAAUGGAUAGAAAUCUUCUCAGAAAGCUCUUCAGAUUAUUACAAUAAAGUUUCCGCUGACUCAGAUAUGUCCUCAUCAUCCGGCAUAUAUUCUUAAACUGAUCAAGCAAUAUGCAAGAUAUUUAUAGUUUGGUCCUAUACUGAUUGGAUGGUUAUACGAAGUAUUUCUGGUUUACUAAAUGCUGAAACUGUUUGAACUUUGUCUUUGUUUAAAUUGUGAUCUGGUAUUGUUUAAUCAACUCUGAGAGUUGUUUUAUGCAAUUACUGGUUAAUGGUUUAUUAGUUGUGACAGUAAGUGGUAAAUUGGUAUUGAGUUUGUUCCUGUUUUUAUGUAA